AGUCUAUGAAAUCCAAAAGAAUAUGGCGGCUGUCGUUGCAACAGCCGAUAUGACGAUUCAAAAGAAUUCUCAAAUUCUAGUGAACGUAGAAGAAGCACUUGAAGAUUUAAUUGUGGUAUCCUAUAGCAGUGACGAUAAAAAAUUUCAAGGUGUACUUCUUGACUCCAAAAAGAGUCAUUUACCUUUUGGUGUAUAUAAUCUUCAUCCAGCUUUCUCAAAGCGAGAGGAAAAUGUUGAGAGCAAAGACAACAAAUUACAUUCCGUUAGUCAAAGAUUUACUUACCAAGAACCUCAGUUUGCCACUGGAGAUGGCCAAAAGUCCAAAAAAACCAAUACAAAAGGCAAACCUCAGCCUCGACAAAAGAUGACAGUUCGACUAAGACCUAGGAAGGUUUUGUGUUCAAAUUGUCAAGGAAUUUGCAAUGAAAAUAGUGAAAAUGUGGACGUGUCCAAAAAACGUAAAUUACACUCGGAUGACGAUGCGCCUAAGGAUGAGUCUGAGUCAUCGAAAUUAGAAAAAAAAUACUUAAUGGGUAGCAUGCUGAUACCUAAACUAUCUAGGUUGCAACCAAGUGAAAUGCCAAGUGUUACGAAAUCUAAAUCUGGUGAGAGAGUUAGAAAAAAUGUGAAAUCUGGUGACGAGUGUGAGCAAACAACUAGAGAGUUAGCGUUCGUUAGUGUUUCCGAUAACAGUGAAUGUGAUAAAGAGGAUGGUAAGGAUAGUGACAAUUCGUUUAGUAACUUAUUUUCAAAUGCCAGAACAUUAAAAAUUUGUUUCGGUGAAGGUGAAGGCACUGUUGUGAAAAUACCACCUUUGGGUGGCGAUUUUAAUGAGGAUUCUGGUGUUUCCUGUGAUAUGUCGAAGCCAUCUAAGCCAGAUUCUAAAGCAGUGAAAAAAGCGCUCAAAAAAGCUAAAAGACAAGCUAAAAAGAACAGUGACAUACAAACCAAUGUUGAAAUGUGGAUAGAACAGUCUCCAAAACACAUUGGGGCGUUGUCCCCUCGCAACAACUUAUCAAACAGCCCCCCACAGGAACCGUUUGAAAAGAAACAUAAACACAAAGUGAAACACAAAAAGAAACACAAGAUUCAGAAAAGACGUGAUGAAAACUCAAGCAAAUGUGACGGUGAGUCAAUAGACUAUUUCAGUAAUAUAAAGGAUCAUUGUAUGAAACAGAAGCUGUCCAUCAGCCUGCGUAGAUUAAGCAGUAACUCUUAUGAACGGAGAGAGGAUGAAACGUCUGACGGGGAGAGUGAAACAGUGCCAGAUUUUCCUGCUAACAGUACUGAAGGUGUGGGUGGCAGGUUAUUGCGAGUUUCUCCUGGUGAUAUUGUGUGGGGAAAGGUCGUAGGGUUCCCCUGGUGGCCUGGGAGAGUACUUAGUGUGACACCAACGGCCCGAGCUCAUGUAGCUUGGUAUGCGUCUACAACAUCGUCACUAAUGCCAUGUGAUAGCCUAAGUCCUUUUCUAGAAGAUUAUAAGAUAAGAUUUAACAAAAAGAAAAGAGGUCCGUACAAAGAGGCUGUAAAGCAAGCGACAAUCGAAGCAAGGGAACUAGAAUCUCACAUAGAUCCAUUAGCAAGUCCAACACAAACCAACCUUGCGACGGUCUCACCACGACCCAUUGAUGUGUUCUCAUAAAUGUGAUUAAUGUAUACUGCCGAAUUAAAAAAAUUAAUGUGAUA